CUUCGAACUAACUAAUCUCGAGUUUAACGCAAAUGUAAUGUUAAUGAAAGAAAUUCAGAUAAUUACCAUGAAUUGAUAAAUCCAAGUUAACCGGAACCUAUAUAUUACACAGAAAGCACCUGCAAGUUCUUGUCUGGCCAAAACCGUAAGAUUUCAUAUUUUCAAUUGUUUCUGAUUUCAAUAAACAAAGCUUGACACAGCUGUCAUUUCCAAAAGUCGAUAUUAAAAAUUUACUUCUGGUUUACUUAAAAUUUCCGUUCAAAAUGGCAUAUUGCGAACAUAUGGUGGACGAUCGCAAUUCUGGACAUUCAACCGGACAGACCGAUAAAGACAAGCUGCUUAACAUACAAAAUGAGUUGAUCUGGGGACUGACGUAUCGGAACUACAAAGAACACGAAAAGAACAAUCCUCUGGUUCCACUUCACUCGCCGAUUAACAUUCCAUUCGAACUCUGUAGAGCUGGAACCUUGCAAGGAAGCAAGUUCAAGGAGAAAAGGCAUUCAAAUGAGGGUACCAUAGCGAGAAACAGUAAUCAACCGAAGAGAGAUGGCCAGGGAAUAAAGGCGCAGCGAACCGCAACGAACCGCAAUCAAUCUAAAAGCCGAAAACAGCAAAUAGAAAAGCCUACCCUUCUGGACAGAAAUGUUUGGUCUCAGACUAAAUACAUGAGCUUCCUAUCAGUUCCUAACAUGAAAUUUGAGAAACCCACUUCGAAAAAGUACAUCCGAAGGUGUGAAUUAGCACCUUGUCCGCCUCGAUUCGUUCAGCUGGCUGUGCCAAAUAGGAGAAGGGUUUUCGCCAACUGGAAGGAAUACGUCAACUUGUUGCCUACCGAAAUGCUAAUGCGAUAUGAAGAAAUUUUGCACACAGACCAGAAUUUAGACCCAAGAGAGGCGCGUUAUUAUUAUAUGAAACUGGACAGGCAAAAACGCAAGGAACGUAGAAAAAAACUAUUUUUAAAGGAAAAGAAACGACUUGAAAAGAAAACAGGUUCAGAUUGGAUGAGGGCUCACAUUGAUACUCUUGCUUCAAGCGUUUUAGACUAUAUUCAAGACGAACCUCUUUUUGCAUUAAACUACAAACAAAUGCUAUUGUCUGACGGCAUUUUGGACCGGUUGGAGCAAACAAAAACCAUAAAAAAAACAAGCAGAAAGACCAAAAACCACUACCAACAAACCAUCAUCGAAGUGACUGAUAAAUUUGCGGUUUGGAUCGAUACGUUGACUAAGUUUGUGGAUGUGCAGGCCAUUGAAUCAGAUGUAGACAUACCGCCAGUGUCGGUUUCUUCGCUCGCUGGGGAAAGCGAAAGAGAGUCCGGCGAAGGAUCUGCAUUUUCUUCUUCAUCAUUUUCUUCCGAAGAGUUGCGGGAUUCUCAGCUAUUUGAACCAGAAAACCGUUGGAGCGAAGAAGGUGAAAGUGUUAAACACCUUACUGAGGGUCUUCUUGAAGACCUGUUCAAACCUGGGGGAGAAGCAGAAGGAGAAUAUGAACUAGACGAAAUUCUCAACGGGCUUGACCGCGAUGUUUUGGACAAACUUAUUAGAAUUUUGGGCGACUGUUCUGAUGAGUUCUUGGACGGCUAUAUAGAUGAGGGCCAGAUGUCUAGUGUAACAUAUAGAGAUGUGCUGGACAGACUUAAAGAGUUGCGCGACGGCCUGAGCCCUGAUGGAGAAAAACCAUUUUUGGAGAAAAUUAUGAUCGACUGGGCGAUACGAAACCACCCCGAUGAUGUUAACGACGAAAUUCUACAGAAAAUACAUGAAGUGGCUGGUAUUAUCGGCGACUUUAAAAUGAAACCACAGUCGCCAGUGGAAAAAAGUACGGAAGGCCCUGAAACGGAAGAUGAGGUAAGUGGCCCAGCAGAAGGAGAUAUGUCUGAGGGUGCAGAAGAAAGCGCAGAUCAUGAUGAGGGAGAAAUUGAAGGCGCAGAUGCCGCAGUAAAAACUGGUGAAGAUGACGGAAACGAAGCUGCGGAUGAUGCGGAAACUACAGUUACAAACGGGGCAAUUGAGGAUAAAAGUUCAGGUUUAGCAGAUGCACAUGAAGAUGAAGAGGGAGAGGGAGAGGGAGAUGGAGAUGGAGAGGGAGAGGGAGAGGGAGAGGGAGAGGAGGUCAAUGUUGAAAAAGCGGAUGCAGAAGAAGCUGGAGAAGAGGAUGCUGUAGAUGCAGCGAUAGAACAAGGUGUUGAAAUAUCCGAAGGAUCAUUUGGUUUCGAGUUUGAAGACGGGAUGAGCGGAAUUCCAACCGAGGAAGAUCUUGAUCUUUCUAAGAUAGGUGAAGAAGAAGAAGAAGUUUUUGAAGGCAGGACUGAUGACGAAGGAAGUACGGGCAUUUAUAAAAUUGUGGAUGACGGUGAAGAAUUCGUGGCAUCUGAAAUGGAAUAUGAAGCCCAAGAAGGAGCUAUUCUCCCUUACGGCAUAAUCAAAGGCCACAAACCAUCGAAAGUGUUUGAGCAUUCACCGGGUACCGUUUGCUGCUUGUCGCUGAAAACUUGGGCAGUCUGGCUGUUGGAAAUCACACAUAAUGCACACAAUUGGACUCAGUGGAUGAGCUGUGUAAUUCAGAAAAUUCGAGAAUAUGCCGCGAUCGUGCGUGGCGAUGUGAAGAAACAGGAUGGACAGGUCAAAGUGUUACCCAAAGCUGAAUGGAGACAGUUCAUUAAAGAAACCGAAGAAUCAGUGGUGGCCUGGAGGCAGUAUAGUGCCCACGUGAAAGAUCUCUCUCAGAGCAUCGUGGAGAACUUCCAUAAUAAGAAAAUCAACUGUUGUCCGAAAUGCCUACAAGACCACCUGAUAAGGAAUGUGGUGGUUGCCCAUGACACCCUUCAAGCUUUAACAGAAGCUGUGAGUUGUGCGGCCUACUGGCAGCGUUGCCUGGAUACUCUAAUGGAGAAAACUUGCGGAUUGACAGAUACCAAACCAGGUGAUCAAGCACUGAAAUCGUCAAGCGAAGAAUCCAGUGAAGAUGCAAGCCUCGAAGAAGUGGUGGGAUCUGAAGAAAGUGGGGAAUCGAUAUAUGAGAUUGAAGGAGUUGAGCAACAGGAACCUGAUCCUGCAACCUAAUCCAAUAUUCCAACUAUAAAUUGUUAGUAAAUAACAUAGAAUGGGGAGGUGGAAAAGUAGUUAGUUAGUAACCGGUCAACCUUUACUUUCAGUCUCAAUGUGUACACACUAAAGCUGCUUUACUUUGUUUUUACAGAUUUUUUCGGUUUAGCUCAAAAAGACGUCUUGCUUAAACUACAAAUUGUGUUUAUAAACUGAACACUAAAAUUUUAGUAUCGCCAAUUUCCAGAUUGGCAAAAGGCUUGGUUCCCACUGCAAAAGAUCGAAAGCCGAUGACGACUUGAAAGAAUUUGUCAAAUUCCCUUUCUAAAUGAUCGGUUAACAAAGUAGCUAGAAUUUCGUCAUUAUCAAUGACUAAAUAAAGUUUUGGAAGAAC